AAUUACUCUAACUGCUAAUGCUGCCAUAAUAAAUUAUUUAUAGAUAAGUUAGACAUUCUCCUUAAAGUAUCGAUUAAAUGAAUACUUUAUAGAACUUUUAAGACAAUCUACAAUUCUUCCGGUUCAAUAAUUUAGAACUCAAACUCCAAUCAGACAACAAAGGUCAUACUCUCAUUUUGAUUAACAACCUCAAAGUAGUAUGAAAAAACAAUAAGAAAAUUUUGAAAGGGAAAAUGAUCUAUUGAGAGAAAAAGUGCAAUAAUUGAAGCAGUAGAUAGCUAGUCUUGAACAAAAUUACUAAAGUAAUCAGGAAGUACUAAUAUUAUUAGACUUUAGAUUGAUGAAUAAUACAUAGUAGCUCUAAGAAUAUUUUAAUAAUUGAAAAUCGAGUCUGAAUAAUUGAGAUUAGAGCUCUCUUAUAUCAAAUAAGAGAACAACCUGUUCAAAUCUAAAUUAAAACAAAUUAAUUAUUGA